GAAUCAUUCACUCCUCUCAAUAUCAGGAAGCAAGGGACUGUCAGAAUGGAGAGUAUAUCGCCAAUUGACCCUUGGGCAGCGCCCUCUACACACGUCUUUGCUUUCAUUGGCUUGCUCUUCAUCUCGGUGAAGAUCUUCUCCUUCUGGCGACUUAUCGCGUCACUUUUUAUCCUGCCAGGCAUCUCGUUGUCCAAGUUUGGCAAGAAAGGAGCAUGGGCGGUGGUGACCGGCGCCUCCGAUGGCAUUGGAAAGGAAUAUGCCCUGCAGCUUGCGGCCAAGGGAUUCAAUAUCCUGCUGGUAUCACGAACACAAUCGAAGCUCGAAACGCUCGCCUCCGAAAUUCAGCAAAAGCAUAACGUUCAAACCAAGAUCUACGCCAUGGACUUCGCAGCGAAUAGAGACGAGGACUUUUCGAACCUGAAAAAGCUAGUCGGUGAUCUCGACAUUUCGAUUCUCAUCAACAAUGUUGGUCAAAGUCACAGCAUACCUGUGCCUUUCAGCGAGACACCAGAGAAGGAGAUGAAGGAUAUAAUCACGAUCAAUUGCUUCGGCACUCUUCGUGUCACCCAGCUCAUCACGCCUGGCAUGAUUCAGCGCAAGCGCGGGCUGAUCUUGACCAUGGCUUCUUUCGGCGGCAUCAUGCCUACACCUCUGCUCGCAACCUACAGCGGCAGUAAGGCCUUCUUGCAGCAGUGGUCGACGGCUCUCAGUGGCGAGCUUGCGCCCUACAACAUUCAGGUUCAGCUCGUGCAGUCCUACCUAGUCACCUCAGCAAUGAGCAAGAUCAAGCGAUCAUCUGCACUGAUUCCGACCCCCAAGCAAUUCGUUCGCGCUGCACUGUCGAGGAUUGGAAGGUCGGGCGGUGCUCAGGGUAUUGCAGCAACAAGCACUCCUUACUGGUCACAUGGGAUCAUGCACUGGGCAAUUGCGAGCUUUGCAGGCACCAUGAACGGAGUUGUGCUCAACAUCAACAGAAAGAUGCAUGUAGAUAUUCGCAAGCGUGCGCUCAGAAAGGCAGAACGCGAUGCGAAGAAAGCGUAGUAGAUAGUGGAAGUCGUGAAAUUCGUCAGCAGCGUAAAAGAUG